AUGUAACAGAAAUAAUCAUUGUUAAUAAAUAUUUUACAAUGCCCAAUAAAAGAGAGAAAGGCAGAAAUAUUAUAGUUAAUGAGAAUCAUACUGUAGAAAGUGGAUAUUUUUCAAUAAUUUUAAGUUGAAAAUAUUGAUUUUGAGGCUUAUGAUUAUUGUUUGAAGCAUCUAACAUUUGAAAGCUUUUCAAAAGUAUAAAUCAAAUUUCUAAUUUUACAGAAUACAGUUAUAUAUGAAAAGGGAAAUCAACCUCAUUAUAUUUAUGUAGUAAUUUGUGGAUAAGUUUCAUUAUAUUCUAAUGAUCAUUCGGUUGAUUAAACAAAAACAAAAAAGCAUUCUACAACUGUUGAUUAUUGUAAAGAAAAACAUUCUGUAAGUUUAGAUUAUCGUAAAGAUUCUACAUUUAGCAACCAUAUCUAAUUUUCUGAUUCUAAAAUGAAAAGGUAUAUAACACAAUCUCACUAUAUAGUUUAGUUAAAUUAACUGAAUUUAAAGAUUGGAAGACUUUUGGUGAAUAAGCUAUUUUAGAUUAGAGAUUAAGAAUGAAUAUUGCAGUUUGUGAUAUUGACACUUCUUUAGCACUUUUAAGUAAAGAAGAUUAUACUACAGCAGUUUAAAUUUUAGAAAAGAAAAAGGAAUAAUAUCGAAUGAAUAAAUUUAAAUUGAAUCCUAGUUUUUAAGGAUUGAACAAGAAGUUAAUUAAUUUUAUGCUUUUUUCUUUUUAAUCUUCAGAUUAUAAAUUUAGAGAUAUAAUUUAUAAAUAGGGAUAAACUGAUUCAGAUAUAAUAUAUAUUAUUAAAUAAGGAGAGUUCUUAGUGUAUUAGGAUCAAAGUGAAUAAUAAAUUCGAGUAAGAAAGUAAAUUGCGAUUAUGACUACAGGUGAAAUGUUUGGUGAUUAUGAAGCAUUUGAAAGAAUUCCUCGUUAAUUCAGUAUUUAAUGUAAUUCUCACACUGCAAGUUUAAUUAUCAUUCCCUUAUAAUAAUUAUAUCAAAAAUUAUCUUACUAAAGCGAAUAGCAAUAUAUAUAAUAAUUGAAAUCAUUGUGUCAAAGAAAGAAUAGAUGGUAUCACGAUUUCAAAACUUCUAUUGAAUAGACAUAAGAAAAAUAUUAGAAUUUUUUGACAAUUUAAGAUUAAAAAUUAUAAAAUGUUUAGAAUACUUCAUAAAAUAAAAUAGAACCACCUAUCAAAUAAUCAAAGGAAUUUAAGUAAUAAGCUGAGACUCCAAUAUGUGUAAGUCCAAUAACUGAAUUAAAAAAUACAUUGACUUAUCUUACAUCAAUAAAUGAUGGAUAUACAAUAGAAUGUUAGGAAGAUUAAAAGAUGAAUACAACUACGAGAAAUAAAAAUAAGAAUACAAUAUAUGUAGUUUCUCCAGAUUAAUUGUAACCUUUGCCAAAAGUAAAUUUGGUAUCAAGUAGAUAAUACGAACGAAGUAAAUUGUCAACACCUGAUAGAUUCAAAUAGGUAAUAAAACAUAAAAUGACAAUUUUAAAGAGAAUGCAUAAUGUAUCACCAGAAGAGUCUGUGAAAAUAAAUAGUUUGUAAUAAAAGACAAUAUAUGUUUAAUUGCCGAAAUAAGUAAAAUUGGAAUAGAAUAUAGAGAAACAAUGGCCAAUAAAGGCUACUUUAUAUUUAAAUGAUUUAGAUGAGAGAAUAAGAUAUCAUAGUAAUAAUUAGAAGAUGUAGAUUUGUAACAGCAGUAGAGAUUAAAGUUUAUAUGAAUAAUUGAGUGUUAGAAAUGAUGGGAGUGAAUAUAAUUCAUAAAGAACUAGUAGAAUGGGAUUAUUGAAUAAUGUAUUAUAAUAUUCAGUAACAAAGAGAGGUAAGAAUAAAAAGAAAAGAGCAUUGACUCUUAAAUAUAGAGAGUAUUUAGAAUCGCAAUUUUAAUAAAAAACUUAAAAUUCAUUGCUAUAUUCUUGA